CUGUCUAAUCUAUCUUCUUUCUUUUCCCAUCCCUACUUCUCCCCAAUCUCUCAUUAUUGGACAUCACAUAUCUCCUCUCCGUUUUGGAGUUUUAAACUUUUCACCAUUCCCGGCCGGUGAAUUUGAGAUGCCGCCGGCGAAUCUCCAGCUAUUUUGAUUUUCAAUGUCAAUGAUACGUCUUCUUCUCCUUGUAUUUCUUUCUAUUUCUUCUUCUUGUCUGAUUUUUCUUAUUUUCCAUUAAUUCUUUUAACAGAAAUUGUCCUAAAUAGGAGCAAAAAUGUUUUGAAAUUCCAAAAUAGGAGUAUCAUAUUUUUUAUUCCCUGAAUAUGAGUAAUCUUCCAAAACAUUUUUACUCCUAUUUAGGGAAUUUUCUCUUAUUUUAAUUACUACCGAGUACAAGAUUCUAACUGUUUAAGAUUUUAAUUUAAGAAAUGCUAUUUCCAAACUGUUUUGUUUUUUCUGAAAAUGAACGCCCACUAUUUUUUUACUAUUCCGUAGUUUCUACGAGUAUUAUUUUUAUUUUGAAAAUUUUCAGAUAAUCAACUUUGGAUGUGAAAAUCUAUAACUAAGGUUAUACUCUGCAAUAUUGUUUUAAUGUCACUUUCAUGAAAUUGCUUUUAAUGCCACUUUUAUGGCAUUCCAUGGCCAUUUCUUGUUACUUGUCAAAAAAAUACCAUUUUCAUGGCAAUAUUAAUUCUAAUGUUCUCCGAUAUUAGGGUUGUAAAGUUGCAUCUGGCCAUAACCCAUGUUCUCCGAUAUGUUUUAUUUUAUGGUUUUCUUUUAUACUCGGUAUUAUUAAUAAACAAAUUCUUCCUUUGAUUAAGGGUAUAUUUGUCAGCACAUGUCUUUUUACUCCUACAGACCCAUGCGGGGAACACUUAAGUCCUAUUAUAUUUUACUCCUAAUCAAGGAAUUAACUCUAGCUUCUAAUGUCUUUUAGUUUUUCCUUUCUAUUCAAACAAUUCAAUAAAGCUCCUACUUUGAUUUCCUUUGACCAUAGCAAUUAAAUGUUUUACUAUUUAUAAUACUCCCUCUGUCUCGAAAAGGAUGGCCAAAUUUGACUUUCACGUGAAUUAAUAAAGUAAAAACUGUAUGGUUGAAAUUUGUGUAGAGGAGAGAGAAUUAACUUUAACCACAUAUUUCUUACUAUAAAUGGAAAUGGCUAAUCUUUUUGCAACAUCCAAAAAAGGAAAUUUGGUCAACCUUUUCGGGACGGAGUAGUAAAAUAGUCUUUUACUAUAUACUCGUAUAUGUACAUAUAUAUACUUCUUUGUUAUGGUCAAUAUUUUCAGGUGGACUGGGAUCGUACUUGCUAGGGAUCAGCAUUCAGCAAGAAAACGUAUGAGCUUGCUGGAGUACGUUGAGGCAGAAGCAAACUACAUUCAAGUUGAUAACCGGUCAUCCAGAUCCAGCCCAUCUCAAAUACGUAGUAUAUCCCUCUCCGAAUUCCCAAAGAAUCGUUGCCGGACUGGUCGCACGCCGGAGGAGAAGAAGCUGAAGUUGCUUCCAUCGCACUUGACUAGCUGCUGCCACUGGACUUCGCCGCCUAUAACAAACCUAUUUCCGCCACUUUGUUGCCGGAAGGAAGAAGAGAGAACGCCGGAGACUGCGAUGCUGAAGUUUGAAACGGAACUGAGUUGACCGGACCUCGCUGCUGCAUGCCGCUAAUUACUGCCACGCCGGAAAAAGAAAAAAAAAACAACCUCUUUGAUGGACUGCCCCUUGCCGAGAAAGGGGAGAAGGAGGCAUCGUUGCCGACUGCCGCCGGUCGUCUUCAGACUGCUACAGUACGUACUCAAGGUGAAUUUGGAAAAGAUCGAGAUAUAGAAGCUUUGGUUGGGAAUUAUCGCGAUUGAGGGGGACGUUGACGUCCGAACUACUUGGACUUCUUACUACUCGGAGGGCUUGGAAUCCCUUUUAGAGGGUGUGCACACUUAAGGUAAUGCUUUGCUGAUGAUGUUGACUUCGAGAAAGCUUCCGCUAGAGAAAAUGUAGUUAGUAGAUAAUAUUGUAGUUUAAUUUAAUUUUGAAGACACUUAUUGAGUUUAAUUAUUUUUGUGGUGCUUAGCCUGUGCACUCGGUUAGGAUAGAGCCGAGUGUGGCGGUAACGCCCUUAUUUCCCUUUGAAAAUUGUGUUGCACAUUUCUGAUGCUUUUCAAAUGAAGAUGUUUUUUUUACUCUGAACAAAUUAUCAUUUAAAGUUAUAUUUUGGGUGGAA